AUGAAGCCAGUCGUCGUCCUUCUCGGAAUCUUUCUGACAAGUUUCUUCUCCGUAUCCAUUGCCAAACAACUGAACAAAGAAGAGUAUCUCAAAGCCAUAAACGAGGAGAGAAGAGUCUAUGCGAAAAAAGCUCGGAUUCCGAAUAUGUAUAAAUUGGAAUGGGACGAUUUCCUUGCAACGAGAGCUGAAAGAGGAGAUUGUGAUUUUAAGUCUCCAUCGUGCCGUGUAGCCUUAAAAGAUGGGAAUUCAGAGGUUGAACGGCAUGCGCAGGAUCAAAUGAGAUAUUACUUUCCGUACGCGAAACGAAGUGAACUGAUCGAUUCUUACGGAAAAUAUCAUAUGAAUGGACAUGAAGAUAUGACUCCCGGACAGAAGAAAAUUGGUUGUGCUCCGGUAACAAUCAAGCAAAAUGAAAAUCACCAAAUGACUGGAUAUGAAAUGCUUGAAUUUCAGACACGUUGUAUUCUGGAACCAGAAGGCACCGGUGAGUCGUGGAAUAUGAAAUUGGGAGAUGCUGGAUCGAAAUGUGCAGAAGGAUAUAAGAAUGAUGACGGGUUAUGUACACCAGUUGAGAAAUCUGAGAAAGUGUCGGGUGGAGGGAGUCUAGAGAAUUCUCAAAAUGGGACGGCUACUAACUCAUCUGGUAUCAAUGGGAAGACUUAUGGAAUCAGCCUCGUCUUCUUACUUUCUGUGAUCCACACAAUGUUCUAA